GUGAGUAGUUUUCAGAAAGACUGCAUUCGUCCUUUACCGUGCAUGAUGCACCCCUCUGCAGUGGAUUAAGUCAUCAGUCAGGGAUGCCCCUUUCUUCUCCUGGCUGUAGAAAAACCCUGCAUGAUGCUACACCGUUGCUUUUCAUUCCAUGUUAAGUUACUCUCUAUCCAGUAGCUAAAAGAGGGAAAGGUAGCAGGUUGGAUUAGUUGUACGCAUUGAGCUCAUUAACUAUUAAACGUAGCUUGGUAAGAGUGGAUCCGUUGGGACCUGACAGUACAUCGAGAGGAAGCAAACUUCACACAUCCUCUGUCAGCAAAGUGUCCAGACAAAAUGGCACACAAGGAUCACCCCAUGCUUGGAGAGCUAUACCGCGAGUGUGACCCUGUCCCAGAGGAGACCCCUCAAAUCAGAGGCUACGACUUUAACCUGGGAGUGGACCACAAAGCCCUGCUCCAGUCCUACUACAACACAGGCUUCCAGGCCACUCACUUUGGCCUGGCAGUCAAUGAGAUCAACAACAUGAUAAAGAAAAGGAAGGAGCCUGUGAAGAGAGAGAAUGGACUAGUAGAAGAAGACCCCUCAACCUGCCCCUGUCUGAGUAGCUGCACUAUCUUCCUGAGCUACACCUCCAACCUGAUCAGCAGUGGCAUCAGAGAGACCAUCCGCUACCUCGUACAGCACCGAAUGGUGGACGUGCUAGUUACCACAGCUGGAGGAAUCGAAGAAGAUCUUAUCAAAUGUUUGGGCCCAGUUUACCUCGGAGAUUUCAAAAUGUCUGGUAAAGAACUCUACAAGAAAGGCUUGAACAGGACAGGCAACACCCUGAUGUUGGAUGACAACUAUAAAAAAUUUGACAAGUGGAUCAUGCCAAUACUAGAGCAAAUGCUAACAGAACAAAGCACUCAGGGCAUUCACUGGACACCGUCCAAGAUGAUUCAUCGCUUUGGUAAAGAAAUUGACAACCCUGAGUCCGUGUACUACUGGGCCUAUAAGAACAAUAUCCCAGUGUUCAGUCCUGCGCUGACUGAUGGGGCUCUAGGAGAUAUGUUCUAUCUCUUUUCAAGAAAGAGACCAGGUCUGGUUUUGGACAUUAUUGAAGACAUUACAAGACUUCUGGACAUGGUGAAAGCCUGCAACAGCUCAGGGAUGAUAGCUCUUGGAGGAGGAGUAGCUAAACAUCAUGUCCUAAAUGCUAAUGCAUGGAGAGAUGGAGCAGACUAUGCCGUUUAUGUGAACACAGCACAUGAGUUUGACGGCUGUGAUUCAGGGGCAUCGCCUGAAGAGGCUGUGUCCUGGGGAAAAAUCAGCUGCCACGCCAAACCAGUCAAGGUUUGUGGAGAUGCUACCAUAAUCUUCCCUUUAUUAGUGGCAGAAACAUUUGCAGUUCAGGACAGGCUGAAGAAUACAACUUGAAUAAAGUCCACAGUCGUAUCUAAAAACUAAAAGGGCAUUUAAAGUUCAUAAAUAAAUGACUGGAGUGUACAUUCAUUAUGAGAAUAAACACAUUUUUGCAAGUGA